AAUCUUUCUCAAACUCCAGCCAAUCAAAAUCCUGCACCAAUUCCAGCACAAAAUACAUCACCAGUACCGAUUUCUGAAGGCGAUCUUAUAUCAUUUGACGAAAAUCCACCGACGCACCAACCAACCCAGCCGAGAGAGGCAAGCGCACCGGCACUCGACCUUUUAAUUGAUUUAACGAUAGAUGAAUUAAUUAAAAGGCUAUCAAAAACAAGUAAUAAUGUGGAACAUCGAAGCUCUGCUUCUUCAGAAUAUGACACAGCUGAUGAAGAAUCUAACGUCUAUUUUGAAAAAAAUAAUGAUCCUUAUAUUAAUAGAAUAACAGAAACUGAAAAAUUUAAUGAAGGUGAGGUAUGUGAUUAUUAUGCAUUUGUACCAAAAGAAUACUAUGCUGAAAAUGAGCCUUUAGGUUUCUUUGAAUCAAUCGAAGAAAAAAUUGCUGAUGUAUAUAAAAGAGAAUUGGGUUUAAAGAGUGGAUUAAAGGUAAGAAUUAUGUUAAAUGCAAAAAUGAAGAAAAUAAAACCAGAAACCCAAGAACCUAAAUAUAAAACUUUUCCGUUCAAGCAUGAAACUAUAGAAAUUAUAAGAAAAGAUCGAAUUGGAACUGUUAUAGAAAAAGGAUAUAAUGAAAUUAUAGAUCAGAUUGAGGAUGAAGCAAUACAAGAAUCAGGUUGGUUAUUUGUUCAAGCAGAAGAGGUAUCUCUCGAGAUAAGCGCAUUCAGGCCACUAUGUGGUAGUAACUAUUUACCUUUAUCAGAAGCUUUGGAUAAACCUCAACUAGGAUUAAUUAAUCCGCAAAAUAAUGAUGAUAAUGAGUGUUUUAAGUGGUGUAUUAGUGCAUAUCAUACAAGAGAGGAAGCAUUAAAAGCAAAUAAAAAACCUCCUCAUCUUAAUGAAAUCCGAAGACUUAGACGAAAUGGAAAUAUAGCAAAUUUUGAAGGUAUAAAAUUUCCGGCAACACUCCAUGAUAUAGAUAAAUUCGAAGAAAACAAUCCUAAUUAUGCUAUAAAUAUAUUUAGACCGGUGUAUAAAGAAGUGUUCAGAAAAAUAAAAGUAGAUAUAGAUCCAUUACAUAUCUCUGAAAGAAAUUAUCAAGUAGAGCAUAUGAUAGAUUUAUUAUAUUUAACAGAAGGUGAAGAGAAUUUAAAUGACCGAAAAAAUACAAAUGAUAUACCAGAAGGAUUAAAAACGCAUUACGUAUUUAUAACAGAUUUUACUCGAUUAAUGCAUAAGUGGAAUAACCAUCAUGGAAAAAAAUACUUUUGCUGA